AGCCGCGUAGACCCACUGCAAGGUCGAGCAUACUGUGAAGUGUUUGAAAACAACAGGAGACAGACUGACGUACCGCUAUGGCGUCCACGGCAGUAUCUAGAUUGUUCGCCGAAGUGAGCGAGAAAUGCGCCUACCUGGAGUCUUUGCGGGAUCCCAGAACAUUCGGCUGGAGCUUCACAUCGGACCCGAAGUAUAUCUUCUCAGUGUGUCUAGGCUACCUCUACCUGGUGAAGAUAGCCGGUCCAAGAUGGAUGACGAACCGCAAGCCCUACAACCUCAAGUCGGUCAUCAUGGUGUACAACCUCUUCCAGGUGAUUUCAAACGCCUUCUUCUUCGUGCAGUAUAUGCGCCACACCUACAUGGGUGGAAACUACAGCGUGUUCUGCCAAGGAACUCACUACUCCCCAACUGAUCAGAAUGAAAUACGCGUCCUGGAAAUUUCCUGGUGGUACCUUUUCGUGCGGAUCGCAGACCUCAUGGACACUGUAUUCUUCGUCGCGACGAAGAAGUUUUCCCAUGUUACGUACUUGCACGUCGUGCACCACUUUCUGGUCGUGAUCAACGGCUGGGUCUACCUGAACUUCGGAGGCGGCGGUCAGCUGAUCAUGGUGCUAUGUUUAAACUCCCUCGUCCACGUCGUUAUGUACGGUUACUACUUCCUCUCCGCACUUGGGCCUAGAAUUCAAAAGUACCUUUGGUGGAAGAGGUACCUCACCAGGCUGCAGAUCUUCCAGAUCGCCUUCCUCACCCUACAUGCGUGCAUUCCUCUCGUGUACGACUGUGGAUACCCCAAGGCACUCGUGUUACUCGCCCUUCCACAAUCUUUCGUGGUUUUCGGGCUCUUCAUCAACUUCUAUAUCAAGUCUUAUACCAAAACCGAGAAACCGGGCCUUUGUAUUACUCAAGUGCAGAAAGACGAAUAAACGACAGAACAGUUAA